UUAAAAAUUGCUGUUUCCAGAAUACUAUAUAAGAACAUGUGCGCUGGGCUAUGUAAUUAAAUCCAAGCUACCCUUUCAUUAUAUCCUCAUAAACCUCUUUUCCCUCUCUCAAACACAAUCUCACUUAACUAUGUCCCACCCAACUCACAAACUCGAUAAUUCGCCUGAAUCUCCAACUGUGGUUGACAAGAUCAAAAACAUCUUCAAAUCGGAUGCCUCAGAUCAAUCCACCGCUCGUGACACUCGUGCUGGCACCGGUGGCCGCGACUCCGCGUCUGAUGCCACCCUUAAUUCCCAUCAAAGUAACUUGGCCGAGGGUGGAAACGCUGGUGCUCACCACGAAGGUAUUUUGAACCAGGACAGCCAUGUUCCAGGUGUUAUUGCCGGAUCUUCUGUUGGAAGACUUCAAGCCAUGAAGCCUCAAGAAGACCACGCCGUUAACUCCAACGACCCGGCCGCAGCCCACAGAUAUACUGAAGAACGCGUUCUCCCCCAGACCGAAGGUGGCGAAGGGCACUUUUACGACCCGAACGUCUCUUCUGUUAACCAUGGUCUCUCCUCCACUCAAAGAGACACUCUGACUGGUGGAACUUUAGCCAGCACCUCCCAUGGUCAUUCUGAUGUCCAUGACAACAUGGGAGCUUCUGACUCCACUUCUGGUGGAAUUUUUAAUAGUGUCGCUAAAACGUUGGGCUUUACCAGCGAUCCAGAGACUGUGUCUCACUCCAACCGCGAUGCUGGUGCUUCAAACCAUGAAACUACCGCUUCCUACGACUCUCAUUCCGCUGGAAACUCUAGCGAACAUAAGGUGGAGUCCUUGGUUGAAGUUGCCGCCGAGGCUGAAAGAAGAGAGCCUACCUUGGACCCCCUGAAUCACAAGAUCUUGGUUGGUCAUAAAUCUGCUCAUGUAAACACUUCUGAAACUGACAGUGCUUACAGCGACAAUGUCGACGCAUCUCCCAAGGUUGCUCUCACUGAUUACAGCCGCCAUGGUGUGAAGCCAGCCUCGCACUCCACUGAUUUUGCUGACAAAUCUACCGUUGCGACCCUGAAGCCAUUGGCUUCCCACCCUGAGCCUAACCCUAACGCUGGUUCUCACGUUACCCAUGGCGCCGGGAUUUCUGGUUUUACUGCUACUGCUGCUGUACAUCAAAAGUCCCGCGACACCACUGACUAUCACAAUUCAGGCUUGAACACCCAACGUGCUCCCACCGAUGUCAAUAACCAGGGAAUCAAGGGUACCCUCAACAAGGUAGCCAAUACGGUUGGUCCCGGUGACAAAACCUCAACCACUAAUGACUACACAAAGGACUUGUAUGACGAAACCAGUCUCGGCACUGGUGCUGACAACACCCGCAGUAGCUAUCACAGUUCUGGAUUAGAUUCCAACCAUACUCACCCCUCUGCUAUUGGCACAAAUUCGAGAGAUGAUACCAACAGAGGUGUUCACACCUCCAACACUGGUUCCGGUGUUGAUGGGGCUAAGGAUGCAACUAACACGGUUGAUUAUAAGACUGGUCUUGAUCACACCGAUCACUCAAGAGGCUCUACCACUGGUAACCAUCACGCUGCCGGUGCUGUUGGCGCUGCUGCCGCUACUGCUGCCGCUCUUGGGGCUGCCUCCCACUCCGACCGUUCUCGUGCUUCUGACUUGGAUCGUGACAUCUCCACCACUGGCAGCUUGAAAGGGUCUACCACCUCUGAUUACUCCGGCUCGGACAACACCAACACUAGUAGUAUUAAGGGUGCUUUCAACAAAAUUGCCGGCAAGAUUGGCCUUGGUGACAAAUCGGCUGAACAGCAAACCAAGACCAACGCUGGGUAUCUCGGUUCCAACCGCGAAACCGGUGUUGCUGGUUCCACCCCUGUGGGUCACGUCGUGGAUAGCUCUAGAGGGGCUCGCGGCUACGGCGGCCAGUUAGACGAACCCCCAACCACCUUGGGGUUGGAUAGGGACCCUCCGAAGGACCCUGAGAACUUGGCAGGCUCUGGAUCUCACCUCACUGCUGGUAUCGUCGGUACUACUGCUGCUGGUGCAGGUCUUGGUGCAACUGCCCUCCACAAGCCUCACGACUCCACUCAUGGAACAAACUUGAGUCGCGAUUCUGAUUUGCAUCACGGUGUCUCGGGUUUGGAGGCCACCCCAUCAGAGAUGGCUAUUAAUACUAUCCAUUCAGACGAGUUUAAGAACGAUCUUGCACGUGCGGCCGAAAAUUUGCAUCUCGAUGAUAACUCUGCUUCCCAGCACGGUACUAGUGUCGCUGGGGCCACUGCUGCGGGCUCUGCCGGUAUUGGUGAAGUUCACCACGAGGGAAAAGCCCCAAAGGCGACAUUAAUCAACACUGACCACAUUACAAAGGCCACCCAUCUUGCCAUCGACCGUGAAUCUUACUCUCGUACUCACAAUUUCAACACUGUGACUGACCCAGAGUUGUUUGCACGUACUCACGACUUCAAAGAGGGGUCUGGGGACAGGUUUGGUGCUCCGCAAGGCUCUGAAUGGACCGCUCCGGCUGAUACCAGUCGUGGUACUGCCGAUCACGAUAAGUCCCUUACUAGUACUGGUGUCGCCGCUGCCACAGUGGGUGCUGGCGUUGCUGGCGCCGCUAUUCACCAUAGAGAAUCAGACCAUAUUCACGGUUCAGGAUUUACUGGUGGCCACAGUGCCGGCGCUUCUACUACCCACGCUCCAGCCAGAAACAAUGCGGCCGAACUUGGUGCUGCUAUUGCUGCCAGCUCGUCCAUCCCAACCUCUGACAACAACCACUCAGGUUCCAAUGUUGGUUCGGAUACAGCUGGUUUGGGUUCUCAGCGUCCUGUUACUAGUGGAGUUGACGCCAAGCUGGACGCUCCGGUUGGCACCCCACGCCACUCCACCUCCACUGUUGCAGAUGCUACCAGAACUCCAGCGGCUAACAAGGAUCCACAGUUCAACAUCCAUCAGGUACACGGUGAUAACGUCAAGUACAACGACGACGAUCUUAUCGUGGAAGUUGUUGGGGUUGACGACGACCAAAAGGCGUACCAACUUGCUUUGGAUGCAGCCCGGAAGGUACACAACAAUGGUGGGAUCCUGAGCUUAGGCCUGGACCACAAGAUUGUUGUGGAGACUGUCGAAGAUACUCUUACUAACGCCCGUCACGCCCAACAUUAGUCUUGGUUCCUUAAUUCGGGUAAUUUUAUUUUUUUCCAAAAACUGAGCGUCAUUUAUAUUUUUGUCUAUUGAAGUUUAC